UUUAAAGAGACAGGAGCUCCAACUGUCGGGAGCAGCCCGGGGCCUGUGGGCGCCUGGUCCAGGCCUACGGUGAGCGCCGGAGCCGGGGAAGCAGUUGCAUGACUUUGGCUUUCAGGAUCCUCUUCCAACAAACCCUCCGUGCACUUGGCCGAAAAGAACCGUGCCUAUUCCGAGAACAACAUCGCUGGGCUAAUGUAAGACAAUUCAGCCAGUGGUCAGAAACAGAUCUACUUCAUCAGUGCCGCCUCCUCCAGAGAAGAAAGCCUGUUCUGUCAUUCCAGGGAGGCUGUCUAAGACCACGUGCCACCAGCCUUGUUUUCUUGCCAGGGUCACAUGUGGAACUGUGCAGUGGCCCCUGUGAGAUGGCUGAGCAACGGUUCUGCGUGGACUAUGCCAAGCGUGGCACAGCUGGCUGCAAAAAAUGCAAGGAAAAGAUUGUGAAGGGCAUGUGCCGAAUUGGCAAAGUGGUGCCCAAUCCCUUCUCAGAGUCUGGGGGUGAUAUGAAAGAGUGGUACCAUAUUAAAUGCAUGUUUGAGAAACUGGAGCGGGCCCGGGCCACCACAAAAAAAAUCGAAGACCUCACAGAGCUGGAAGGCUGGGAAGAGCUGGAAGAUAAUGAGAAGGAACAGAUAACCCAGCACAUUGCAGAUUUGUCAUCUAAGGCAUCAAGCACACCAAAGAAGAAAGCUGUUGUUCAGGCUAAAUUGACAACCACUGGCCAAGUGACAUCUCCAAUGAAAGGCACCUCAUUUGUCACCAAUACCAAUCCCCGGAAAUUUUCUGGCUUUUCAGCCAAGCCCAACAACUGUGGAGAAACCCCCUCAAGCCCUACCCGUAAGAUAAGUCUGUCCUCAAGCAAAUGUGACCCCAGGCACAAGGAUUGUCUGCUACGGGAGUUUCGGAAGUUGUGCGCCAUGGUUGCUGAUAAUCCUAGCUACAACACAAAGACACAGAUCAUCCAGGACUUCCUGCAGAAGGGCUCAGCAGGAGAUGGUUUCCACGGUGAUGUAUACCUAACAGUGAAGCUGCUGCUGCCAGGUGUCAUUAAGAGUGUUUACAACUUGAAUGAUAAGCAGAUUGUGAAGCUUUUCAGCCGCAUUUUUAACUGCAACCCAGAUGACAUGGCACGGGACCUAGAGCAGGGUGACGUGUCAGAGACAAUCAGAGUCUUCUUUGAGCAGAGCAAGUCUUUUCCUCCAGCUGCCAAGAGCCUCCUUACCAUCCAGGAAGUGGAUGAAUUCCUCCUGCGGCUCUCCAAGCUCACCAAGGAGGAUGAGCAGCAACAGGCGUUGCAGGACAUUGCCUCCAGGUGUACAGCCAAUGACCUUAAAUGCAUCAUCAGAUUGAUCAAACAUGAUCUGAAGAUGAACUCAGGUGCAAAACAUGUGUUAGACGCGCUCGACCCCAAUGCUUAUGAAGCCUUCAAAGCCUCGCGCAACCUGCAGGACGUGGUGGAAAGGGUCCUUCGCAACGAGCAGGAGGUGGAGAAGAAGCCGGGCCGGAGACAGACUCUGAGUGUUCAGGCCUCGCUGAUGACACCCGUGCAGCCCAUGCUGGCCGAGGCCUGCAAGUCCAUCGAGUAUGCCAUGAAGAAGUGUCCUAACGGCAUGUUCUCUGAGAUCAAGUAUGAUGGUGAGCGAGUCCAGGUACAUAAGAACGGGGACCACUUCAGCUACUUCAGCCGCAGUCUCAAGCCCGUCCUGCCUCACAAGGUGGCACACUUUAAAGACUACAUCCCUCAGGCUUUUCCUGGGGGCCACAGUAUGAUCUUGGACUCUGAGGUGCUCCUGAUUGACAACAAGACAGGCAAACCACUGCCCUUUGGGACUUUGGGAGUGCACAAGAAAGCUGCUUUCCAAGAUGCUAAUGUCUGCCUGUUUGUUUUUGACUGUAUCUACUUCAACGAUGUCAGCUUGAUGGACAGGCCUCUGUGUGAGCGGCGGAAGUUUCUUCAUGACAACAUGGUUGAAAUUCCCAACCGGAUCAUGUUCUCAGAAAUGAAGCAAGUCACAAAAGCUUCAGACUUGGCUGACAUGAUAAAUCGAGUGAUCCGGGAGGGGCUGGAAGGGCUGGUGCUGAAGGAUGUGAAGGGUACGUAUGAGCCUGGAAAGCGGCACUGGCUGAAAGUGAAGAAAGACUAUUUGAACGAGGGGGCCAUGGCUGACACAGCUGACCUGGUGGUCCUUGGAGCCUUCUAUGGGCAAGGGAGCAAAGGUGGCAUGAUGUCCAUCUUCCUCAUGGGCUGCUAUGACCCGAGCAGCCAGAAGUGGUGCACAGUCACCAAGUGCGCAGGAGGCCAUGAUGAUGCAACGCUCGCCCGCCUGCAGAAGGAACUGGACAUGGUAAAGAUCAGCAAGGAUCCCAGCAAAAUACCCAACUGGCUGAAGAUCAAUAAGAUCUACUACCCUGACUUCAUUGUUCCAGACCCAAAGAAAGCUGCCGUGUGGGAGAUCACAGGGGCUGAAUUCUCCAAAUCUGAGGCUCACACAGCUGAUGGUAUCUCCAUCCGGUUUCCUCGCUGCACCCGAAUCCGUGACGAUAAGGACUGGAAGUCUGCCACUGAUCUCCCGCAACUCAAGGAACUAUACCAGCUGUCUAAGGAGAAGGCAGACUUCACUGUAGUGGCUGGAGAUGAGGGGAGCUCCACUACAGGGGGCAGCAGUGGAGAGAACGAGGGCACCUUGGGGUCUGCUGUGUCCCGCAAGGCCCCCAGAGGUUCCCCCAACAAGCCCUCCACCAGUGCCAAGAAGGCAGAAGGAAAGUUAAGUAACGCCAACAGCAAAGGCAACAUGCUGACUGCAAAGCCUUCCCCUGUGAAAGUGGGAGAGAAGCUGUCCACGAAGUCUUCUCCAGUGAAAGUGGGGAAGAAGCGCAAAGCUGCUGAUGAGACCCCAUGCCAAACAAAGGUGAAGAGGCAGCCAGCCAGCCAGCAGAGAGGAAGGAGAGCUGUGCCAGCAGGCAGGAGAUAGAACAGCUCAGCCUCGCCAGGAGAGGCUGCAGGCACCCACCCCGCUGCUGAUCCCAAGUCACAAUUUACAGUAAAGGGGAGAAAGCUCUGUGUGGUUUGGGAGUGUAGCAGUAUGAGUUUGUGGUCAGGGUGGGAGCAGGACCAGCCAGCAAGGAGAUGGGGAGAGGGCACUGGCUUGGUGACUCUCCUCCCACCUGAGAUAGCUUUCCCUUUUAUACUCAUUUGUCAGUCUCAGGUUGGCAACAUCUAAUGAGCACCCACUGAAACCAGGAACUAGGUUUACUACUGGCUCAAUCCUAGGGAGCUGAUGCCGAAAGGGCAGAGAAAUGAACACAUGAUCACUACAGUUUGAUUGCGCCCUAUCUUCCCCUCCUCUGCCCAAGAAUAAGCACAGAAAUCUGAUGACUCAGGGCCUGAACCCAGUUCCCAGCAGACCAGUAGAAGCCCUUACCAUCUCUUUGCCCUGUGCACAGCCCCUGCACCCUCCACAGUAAUGAGCAGGACUCGCACUCCUCAAUCUACCUAGUUGUGCAGACUGGGCUGCUUGAUCUUCAGGGAAUGUCACUGGGUCUGGGAGCAUUGAGUCUGAGAGCCAUGGAUGGCUCUUAGAGACGUACUUUUCCCGUAUCCAGGUCUCAAAUGUUGGGGCCCAUCCCUUUGCUCUCCUUUUCCCCUAGGCAGGGAUGGCAGGGAGUGUAAUUUGCAGUGACUGGAAGAUGUGGGGGUAUUGAUGCCUGGUCCUUUUCUUCAGUAAACUCUUUCUGCUUGUGUCCUGAACUCUAGGCCUCUUCUGUCUACCUUUACUCUGUCCUGUGCUCAUCUGGGUAAAGACCCAUCUGCACCCAGUGCAGGUCCGACCCCACCC